CAACAACAAAGGCCACAGCUUUCUUCUUCUUCUUCUUUCAUUCAUCUCUCUCUUAAUUUUAACGCGGAGAGAGCGAUAUCUUCCUUGCAACUUAUACUUGUGUUUAUCUCUUCAAAUCGAAAACCCUUUCUCUCUCUCUCUCUGUCGUUGAGAAGCCACCCCCAUCUGAAAGAAACCCUAGGCAGGGAAGACGAUUUCUCUUCCUUCUCUGAUUUCUAAAGUUCCCUUCUUUUUAUUCGAAACCUCUAAUUGGCGAUCAUGGAGAGAUCCGAUUCGAGGGAUUUGUACAACUUCGUUCGCUCUUCCUCAGAUCAGAAUAGUUCACUCUUUGAUGCAUCUCAGUAUGAGUUUUUUGGUCAAAACCUUGACGAAAUGUCACUGGGAGGUAUUGACGAUGAUGAGGUGGUCGCUCCUCCUGUUCUUGGACAUGCUGAUGAUGAUGAGUAUCACUUGUUUGAUAAAUCCGAGGGUGCAGGGUUAGGAUCAUUAUCUGACAUGGAUGAUCUUGCCACAACUUUUGCAAAGCUAAAUAGAAAUGUUACCGGACCCAAACACCUUGGAGUUAUUGGUGACAGAGGAUCAGGGUCCUUUUCAAGAGAGAGUUCUACUGCUACGGAUUGGACUCACGAUACAGAGCUCACAAGCUGGUUGGACGAGCAAGAUCAAGAGGCUAACAGAUGGUCCUCACAGUCACUAUCAUCUGCUCAUUCGAAGCCUUUGAACAGGACAUCCUCUUAUCCUCUGCAGCCACCGCCGCUACAGCACUACAACAGUGAACCCAUCAUUGUACCAGAAUCAACUUUCACCUCCUUCCCCCCGCCAGGUAGCAGAUCUCAGCAGACAUCCCCUGGAAACCUCCACCGCGCUCCUUCUCUUCCCAGUGGUUCUCAGCUGAAUUUUACUGCACCUUCCUCGCUGUCAAAUUCUAGAUUUCAUCUUUCAGGACUCUCACAAGGGCCUCACCACUAUGGUGGUAAUUUGACUAGAUAUGCCUCGUGCGGUCCUACGCUUGGUAACAUGGUGCAACCUCACUGGGUAACUGAUCCUGGUCUUCUCCACCACGGGGAUCAUUCUGGUUUAUUACAUAGUCUGGUGCAACAACAAUUGCCUCCUCGAAAUGAUCUCAUGUCGCAACACAUGAUGGCUCUCCAGCAGAGACAAUCGUAUGCUCAGCUUGCAGCGCUACAGUCUCAGCUGUAUAGUUCCUAUCCUUCACCACCACGUAAAGUCUCUUUUGGGAGUGGUGAAGUUAGGGAACAACACAAGCAUAAGUCUUCUCAUAAUAGAAGUCGAAAGAACAAAGGCAUCUCUCAACAGGCAUCAGACUUAGCUAGUCAGAAAAGCGAAAGUGGAUUGCAGUUUAGAUCAAAGUACAUGACUUCAGAAGAGAUAGAGAGUAUACUCAAGAUGCAGCACUCUAAUUCACACAGCAAUGAUCCUUAUGUCAAUGAUUAUUACCACCAAGCUCGCCUUGCCAAGAAGUCUUCUUCCGGAUCUGGAGCAAUCUCUCACUUCUACCCUUCUCAGUUGAAAGACCACCAACCUAAGUCCCGUAAAAGCUCUGACCAGCAUCCACAAGUUCAUGUAGAUGCUCUUGGGAAGAUCACACUUCCUUAUAUUCGCAGACCACGUGCCUUGCUUGAGGUUGACUCUUCUCCUAAUGAUGGAAGCGGGGAUCACAAGGGUUCAGGAAAACAUUUGGAGCAGGAACCACUUGUGGCAGCUAGGGUUACAAUUGAAGAUGCUCUUGGAGUUCUUAUCGACAUAGUUGACAUUGACAGGAAUCUCCAAUCCACAAGGCCUCAGGAUGGAGGUGCUCAGGUCAGGAGAAAACGCCAGAUCCUGCUAGAAGGUUUAGCGACAGCACUUCAGCUUGCUGAUCCGUUCAGCAAAAACGGUCAGAAGUCGGGGCUGACUGCUAAGGAUGAUGUUGUCUUUCUGCGUAUAGCAACUCUUCCAAAGGGUCGGAAAAUGCUUACAAAGUACAUACAGCUCUUAGUUCCAGGUACUGAGAUUGCUCGAGUUGUCUGUAUGGCUAUAUUCCGCCACUUGAGGUUUCUCUUCGGCGGCUUGCCUUCUGAUACACUAGCAGCAGAGACGAUUGCUAAUCUGGCUAAAGCAGUCACGGUCUGUGUUCAAGCUAUGGACCUCCGAGCACUGAGUGCUUGCCUUGCAGCUGUAGUAUGUUCUUCAGAGCAGCCACCUCUGCGCCCUAUUGGAAGUUCUUCAGGGGAUGGUGCUUCGGUUGUGUUGAUAUCUCUUCUCGAGAGAGCAGCUGAAGUAGUGGCGGUUCCUCGAGGCAUCCAUGGGAGCUCUAGUGAUGGUCUAUGGAGAGCCUCGUUUAAUGAAUUCUUCAACCUUCUUACCAAGUACUGCAGGAGCAAGUAUGAGACGAUCCGUAGCCAGAACCAAGGGAGUGCAGCGGAUGUUCUGGAGCUGGCGAUAAAGAGGGAAAUGCCCGCUGAGCUGUUACGUGCGAGCCUCCGUCACACCAGUGACGACCAGAGGAACUAUUUGCUAAACUUUGGUCGUAAACCGUCGGCUAUUAGUGAGUCUGCGUCGCAUGCAAGGGGUGGUCAGAUCAACUCUGAAUCUGUGAUGGGUUGA